AUGUUUACUUCCAAUCUUCGACGUGCAACAGUUACAAAUGUUCUUAAAGGCUUUCACUUAAAAAUUGCCACUCCUACAAAUGUUAGAGCUUUCUCAGUAUAUGGAGCUCGCAAGUCUUCAGAGGGGAGUGAAGUAAGCAAAGGACUUUUUGGACCGGGUGCUAAACCUGGUACUGUUCCAACCGACUAUGAGCAAGCGACAGGUCUUGAACGUGCCGAACUUUUAUCUAAACUUGAAGGCAAGGAGUAUUUUGAUUUAGACCCGUUACCGGUGCCUCAUUUCGGCACCAAAAAAGACCCAAUCUUUGUUAAAAGUUUAUAUAAUACAAGAAUAAUUGGAUGCACUGGGUUUCCUGCUGAUUCCCACGAUCCAUUGUGGUUGGUGAUUGAUCGAAACCAUGAGAUUGAUCGAUGUCCGGAAUGUGGAUGUGUAUUUAAGAUGGAUUAUUUGGGUGGCCCUGAAACCGAAGCUCAUCACCAUUAA